AUGUCACCCCCUAAGAAUUGUGCUGUGUGCGGCGACAAGGCAUUGGGAUACAAUUUCAAUGCGGUUACUUGCGAGAGCUGCAAGGCGUUCUUUAGACGCAAUGCCUUGGCCAAAAAGCAGUUCACUUGCCCAUUUAAUCAGAACUGUGAGAUUACCGUGGUCACCCGCCGCUUUUGCCAAAAGUGCCGUCUGAAAAAAUGCCUUGACAUUGGCAUGAAGAGCGAGAAUAUCAUGUCCGAGGAGGAUAAGCUCAUCAAGCGUCGCAAAAUCGAAAAUAAUCGGGCCAAACGUCGCAUGAUGGAACAUGGGGGUUCCGAUGCGGACGCAGAUGUGGAUGAUAACAAAGUGGCUGGUGCUGUGGCUGAUAGCAGCUGUAAUCUGGACAUGUAUGGCGGCUCACAAGAUUCCCACAGCUGUGGAUCACCCGACAGUGGCGCUAAUGUCAAUGGCAUGACAAUGGGACCAACAAGUUCAACCACAAGCAAACCACCGACUGAUCGAUUGACCCUCGUUAAUCCGCUGCUGAUGACAGCCGAGAAAAUUGUGGAUGAGAUUGUCGCUGAUCCAGAUCGUGCAUCCCAGGCGAUUAAUCGGGUUAUGAGAACCCAAAAGGAGGCUAUCUCGGCAAUGGAGAAAAUAAUUGGAUCACAAAAAGAUGCCUUAAAGCUAGUGUCGCAUUUGAUUGAUUACCCAGGAGACGCGCUCAAGAUUAUAAGUAAAAUCAUGAACUCGCCAUUCAACGCUUUAACAGUAUUCACAAAGUUCAUGAGCUCACCCACGGAUGGCCUUGAGAUAAUCUCCAAGAUUGUUGAUUCACCCAAGGAUGUGGUCGAGUUUAUGCAGAACCUGAUGAGAUCACCGGAGAAUGCCAUUGACAUAAUGAACAAAUUUAUGAACACACCUGCCGAGGCUCUCAAAAUGCUUAAUCGCAUCUUCAAUGGCACAAACACGACGACAGAGGGACGCAAACAGUCGCCAGUUGAAGCCAACGAGGUUGAGGAGUCCGAGGCGGGACAACAGUACGAGAAGCAGGCGCAAAAUGUUCGUGUAGAUACUGUCAUACAUUCGAUGCUAAACGGCAGUCCCUCAGGCAGCAUAAAUACCGUGGACACCUCACCUCUCAGUAGCAUAGCAAGUCCAGCGAACAGUGUUCCAAUUGACUUACACUAUCAAUCACCCAAAGCGCAUCACAAGCCGGAUGAACUGCCCAGUACAUCGGGCAACCAUCACUACAUGGCCAAUUCACCAGAUUUAGAUACGAAAUCUUUUAUGCCAUCCACCUACAAUGAUGAUCUUAGCAUCGAUGGAAGCCUCAGUAUCAAUUCAAUAGAAUCAGUGCUCUCUGAAGUCAUACGCCUGGAGUAUCAGGCUUUCAACAGCUUACAGACACCCGGCUCUCACAUAAAAAAUGAAGUUUAUCAUGCUGCUGGUGGCAUGUCCUCAUCCUACAUGAGCCACAACAGGACAUAUGGCGGCUGCAAGGCGUCCAGCGAGCAGCAACAUCUGCAACACCAACAGCCCAUUUGUGCCCCAUCGAGCAUAUUUAUAGAGCGGGACCUCAAUGAGGCGGAGCAGAUGAAACUUCGAGAGUUGCGACUGGCCAGUGAGGCUCUCUACGAUCCAGUUGACGAAGAUCUCAGUGCCUUGAUCAUGAAUGAUGAACGCAUUAAGCCUGACGAUGCACGCCAAAGUCCAAAGCUAUUGCAACUCAUCAAUCUGACUGCGGUGGCAAUUAAGCGUCUUAUUAAGAUGGCCAAGAAGAUCAGUGCAUUCCGUGACAUGUGCCAAGAGGAUCAGGUGGCAUUGCUUAAAGGCGGCUGCACCGAAAUGAUGAUAAUGCGCUCAGUUAUGAUAUAUGAUACCGAUCGAGGUGCUUGGAAGGUGCCACAAGGAACUAAAGAGAAUAUGAAGAAUAUACGCACCGAUCUACUAAAGUUUGCCAAAGGGAAUGUCUACGAAGAGCAUCAGAAAUUCAUCACCACCUUUGAUGAGAAGUGGCGAAUGGAUGAAAAUAUUAUUCUUAUAAUGUGUGCCAUUGUUUUAUUCACACCGGCGCGAUCGCGUGUCAUACACAAGGACGCUAUUAGGUUGGACCAGAAUUCUUAUUAUUAUCUUCUGCGAAGAUAUCUAGAAAGCGUAUAUCCGGGCUGUGAAGCUAAGAACGCCUUUAUUCGUUUGAUCCAAAAGAUUUCGGAUGUGGAGCGUCUGAACAAAUUCAUGAUCAAUGUAUAUCUUAAUGUGAAUCCUUCCCAGGUGGAACCGUUGCUGCGUGAAAUAUUUGAUUUGAAAAAUCACUGAAACGAUUUGGAAUUUUGCAUAAAAUGCUACAAUAAUUCUAAUCGCUGUGCUGCUAUUGUUGUUGUUGUUUCUAUAUAUAUAGUCUAUAUCAUCUACAAUUUGUUUUGUUUGUUCGCUUAUAAAGUUAGAUUUAAAUCGAAUGUGAUUGUUAGAUUUUGCCUAUAACACAUAGUUUUUAUAUUUCUACAUCAAAGAGAGUAUAUUUUAGGUACAAAAUGCAAAGCAAAAAUAUAAUUAAUUGUACACAUUUUAAUUAGUUUUCAAUAAACUAAGUUUAAAGUAAAA